UCUCUCUCUCUCUCCGUCUCGUGCGUCACAUUAGAUCCCCAAUACCAAAUGAGAUCUAGAUCUCAUAAGAUCUAGCUAGCUAGUUCGAGUUUCUGUCUGUCUGUCUGUUUGUCUGUCUGUCUUAAUUGUUUCCAUUGAUUGAUUGAUUAUCGAUCUGUGGUGGCAGCCAGCAACUAUGGCCGAAGUGCUUCUCGGGGCCGUUGUGGAGUCCAUCACCGGAAAUCUCCUUUUCCUUCUCUCCGAGAAGACCGCUGGACCAUUUCGUGUCGAAGCUCGGAUCGAAGCUUUGGUCGAGAAACUUCGGAGAACUGAUGUCGUGCUUCGUGAGGUUGAAAAGAGACGAGUCGUUUCGGAGGACGUGAAGAACUGGCUCAGGACGCUAGGCGAUGUACUUCGCGAUGCUGAUGACCUGCUGGAUGACUUCUCUACUGAAGUUUUCCGCCGGAGGGUGAUGGGAGGAGAUAAGCGGAUCCAGUAUCUGUAUGAGGUGCGCACCUUCUUCUCCAGUUCUAACCAGCUAAUUUAUGCCUAUAAGAUGAUUCGUCGAGUCAAGGAUAUCAGGGAGAGGAUCGAUGCCAUUUUGAAUGAUGUGAUCCGUUUUGAGAUCGAGGCAGACAAUAAUCUUAUUGGGAGUUUGGGUUUGGUGGAGAGACGAGUCAGGCCGCGAACUCAUGGUUUCGAGUCUGAAGACCAGUAUGUAAUUGGAAGAGAGAAGGACAAGAAGGAAGUUAUCGAGUUCUUACUCAAUCCUGAUUUUGAGGAGAAUGUUUCCAUCCUCCCAAUAGUGGGUAUUGGAGGCCUAGGGAAAACGACAUUGGCCAGACUUGUAUUCAACGAUGAGAGCGUGAAGGAAUACUUUGAAUUGAAGAUCUGGGUUUGCGUAUCAAUCGAUUUUGAUGUGGAGGAUAUUCUGAGGGCGAUAGUACGAGAAUGCACCCCUAACGAGGAUCUUUCAAAACUCAACAUGAGCGAGGUGCGAGAAAGGCUAGGAGAAGAGCUGGAUGGAAAGAAGUUUUUAGUCGUGUUAGACGAUUUGUGGAAUGACAAUCGUGAUAAGUGGUUGAACCUUCACAGGUAUCUGGUAAACGGCGCAAAAGGAAGUAAGAUACUUCUGACCACACGUAGUCUCGGAGUGGCCAGAACUAUGACUUCUUUAUGCCGUGAACUGAGUAGCUUAUCUGAGGAUGAGUCGCUAUCCCUGCUAAUGCGAAUGGCAAUGAAGCAAGAACAUGAGUGGCGGAAUCAAAAUUUAGAAAUGAUCGCGAAAGAAAUUCUAAAGAAGUGUGCCGGAGUUCCCCUUGCAAUUAUAACAAUUGGGCGAUUAUUACUUUUCACCAGAAAUACAGAAGAAGAUUGGUUGAAGCUCAAGAAUAAAGAUUUAUCAAUAAUAAAUCAAGAGGAUGAAGACAUCAUUCAAUCCCUUAAGCUGAGCUACUAUCUUUUACCAUCACAUCUGAGAAAGUGCUUCUCUUAUUGUAGCUUGUUUCCGAAAGAUUAUAGGCUAAGACCGCAUGAGCUCAUUCGUCUUUGGAGGGCACAGGGACUUAUCAAACCCCUAAGCAAUGAGCAAACAAUUGAAGAAGUCGGCCUACAAUAUUUCAUGGAGCUGGCUUCGAGAUCCUUUUUCCAAGAUGUAGAAGAAGAUCAGUACGGCUACAUUGUAAGAUGCAAGAUGCAUGUUUUGAUGCAUGAUCUUGCACAGUCAGUGGCGGGAAAUGACUUUGCAACCAUUGAUAGCUCACAUGUGAAAACUGUCCCAGAAGGAGCUCGUCAUGUAUCUGUAGUUGCCACGGAAGAUUAUGAGUGGAAUGGAUUUGCGAGAGAUGAAACAGUAAGGACUGUAAGGUCCUUGCUUCUUAUUGUUGAAAAGAGGAUUGAGAUUUCCCAUUUGGAUGUUUCCGGUUUUACAAAUCUACGGGCUCUACAUCUUCAAGGUGUUGUCUGGGAUGUGACAGGCGAGUCGAUCGGUGAACUGAAGCAUUUGAGGAGCCUCGAUCUCUCAAAGAAUGAUAAUUUAAGUUAUCUUCCAGAUUCUAUAAGCAAUUUGCGCGAUUUGGAGACACUUAAUCUCAGAGGGUGUCGCAGUCUUCAAUACUUACCAAGGGGCAUAACGAAGUUAGUCAAUUUAAGGCAGCUUGAUGUGAGUGGUUGUUCGAGGUUAACACAUAUGCCUAGGGGGAUCAGUAAGUUGUCUAGUCUGCAACUUUUAGGUAUGUUUGUGGUGGGAGAGAAACGGAAACCAGAUGCUGCAAGGUUCGUUGAGCUGAGCAGACUUACGAGAUUGAGGAAGGAACUGAGUAUACAGAACUUGGAAAGAUUAGGAAGUAUCUCAAGCAAAGAGGGUGCUUCCUUAAUGGAGAAGUUUGUUCUUCAAUAUUUGGGGCUACAUUGGGAAUCGAAUGUGGUAGCGGCCAAUAAUGCAGAAGAGGUCUUAGAAAGAUUGCGGCCUCAUCCCGAUCUUAAAGGAUUGAGGAUAGAAGGAUACGGUGGUACCGAGCUGUCAUCCUGGUUUUCUCAACUGCAUAAACUAGUCACGAUUGAGAUUAUUGAUUGUAACAUCUGCAGGCAUCUACCAUCUCUAGAUCAGCUCCGUUUCCUCGAAAGGAUCUCCCUGUCUUAUUUGAGCAGUUUGGAGUGCAUAGGACCAUUAGAUCAGCUCCCUUCCCUUGAGAGUAUUUCCUUAUCUUAUUUAAGCAAUCUGGAGUGCAUAGAAUUAUCGAAUAGUGGGAUGCCGGAGUCUUUCUAUCCAUUCUUAAAGGAAAUAGAGCUGAAGCAUUUGGAUGAAUUCAGGGGAUGGGAGAGAAGGAGGGGCGACAGAAAUAGAAUUAAACAAAAAGAAGAAGGAGAAGAAGAAGAAGAAGCAGCAGCAGCAGCAAAAGAAGAAGUACCAGAACCAGAUACUGAGGAGGUGGAAGAGGAUGACGAUUCUUCUUCAUUAUGCAUGAUCCAGACAUCCUCCGACAAAGUCAAGAUCUCCAUAAAUAACUGCCCAAGAUUCUCUUACAUGCUUGGUCAACAGCUGCAAUUAAGUGGAGCCACGAUCAACCUACAGAAGUUGUUCAGGCCUGUAACUGUACGCCAUACUCCAAUUGCCCUUACUCCGUCCUUAGAGAUAAUGAUGAUGACCUCAAUAUCUUUAAUAUCUCUCUCGACAUCGACCUCCAUCACCAUCGAAUCAAUGGUGGAUGCCGAGCACUUGCCGGUGGAAUUGUUUAGGUCCACUCCAUCUCUCCGAUCUCUAAUAAUCAAGCGUUGUCCUCGCCUGAAAUAUCUCCCUGUGAGGAGGAUUCUUCGAUACCUAGCCGCCCUUGAGGCGCUAGAAAUUUCCGACUGUGGAUUGCUUGAUUUAUCUAUCGAGGAUGGUGAUGAUUGUGAUGAAGGCAGGCACGGUCAGCAUAGCAAACUUCGAUGUCUUCACAUUCGAGGAAUUCACAAGAUGGAGUCUUUGCCUUGGUGGUUCCAGUACCUCUCCAACCUCCAAGAGUUACGGAUUACGCUUUGUCUUGGCUUGAAGUCUCUACCUGGUAGAUUGAUUCUUCAGCUAUCGACGACCCUCAAGUCCUUGGAGAUUCAUUCCUGUCCAGAGCUUGACCUUGCAGGGCAUGAGUCAGAAGAUCAAGAAGACAUGCCAAAUUUGCAAUCUUAUGGACCAACUAAACCCCAAAAGUUGGAAUUUUCCGAUAUCAGGAAAAUGAAGACCAAGCCCUGGUGGAUUCAGCACCUGACUAACCUCGAAAAAUUUAACAUUAGCUGCCUGCCACAAUCUGAAGGCUUUGCCUGAGUGGACUCCACAGCUCACUUCACUCAAAUGCCUUAAAGUUGAAGAUUGCGGGGAGCUGUCAAGAAGGUGCGAACUGAAUACCGGAGAGGACUCUCCUAAGAUUUCUCACAUCCAGCAUGUAUCCAUGAAGUGAAGUGGAUCCACACUACCUCUUAAUUGCUAAGUUGCCAUAUCACUUCUCAGAGGUCUGAUGAUGAAAGGCCAACUAAGCAAAAUUCUCAACUAUGAAGUUCAGUGUGGAGGCGGAUAGUAAAAGCGGACUAGUUGAGAACUGUCGGAUUAAUAAGCCGUUGUCAAAACAAUCUUAUGAUAUGAAGGGCCUCCUCUGCUUCCUGCUUACAGAAUUUCUAUGAAGCUCUCAGAAUGCUGUAUGUUGGUCAUCGGGUUUCAGUUUUUCCGAGAAGGGAAGGUGCAUUGAACAACUGAAUUAGUUAUGAUGAAGCUUGUUCUUAUUCCACUCCAGGCCAGUAAUUAUUCUACACUGUUGAGAUCAUUCUACCUCGAGCUCACAAAUUCAUCUUACCAGUCAAUUUUAUGAAAGGGUGGGAUGUUGAUUGUGGAUGUCAUUGCAUCAAGUAUAGAGCUUCAGCCCGAGUGAAGAGAGUUGGAUGAGUUUUAUAUUAGUCAGCAUCUUCAGGGUUCACUAUCUCCUUUGUCUCCUCGGCGACUUUGAGCAAUUUGGAGUGCAGAGAAUUAUGAUCAUAGCGAUGGUGAUGUUGAUGGUGAAGACUUGCACGCCAUGCAGCUGCAGGGCCAUAGCAAACUUCAAAGUCUUUACAUUCAAGGUCCUUGGAGCUUUGUUCCUGUCCAGAACUUGACUUCACAGGGUCAGAGUCAGAACAUCAAGAAUGGAUGCCAAAUUUGCAAUCCACUGAACUCCUAUAGUUGGUCUUUUAAGAUAUCAGGAAAAUGAAGACCGUACCCUGGUGGAUUCAGCAGUUGAAUAACCUUGAACAAUGAACAUUGGCUGCCUUCCGCAAUCUGAAGGCUUUGCCUUAUUGGUUUCCUCAGCAUACUUCACUCAAGUACCUUCGAGUUGAAGACUGUGGAAAGCUGUCAAGAAGGUUGGAACCAAAUAUCGGAGAGGACUAGCCUAAGAUUUCUCACACUCCACAUGUAUCUACAGAAUGAAGUGGAACCUAACUACCUCGAAUUCCAAAGUUCAGUGCAGAGGAGGAUAAUAAUACCAGACAAGUUGAGAACUGUCGGAUUGAUUUGAUAGGCCUUUUAGCUAAAUAACCAUGAAAGUGACUCAACCAAAUUCAUUCCGGAUGAUAUGAAAGGCCUGCUCUGCUUCCUGCUUACAGAAUUUGCAUCAACCUCUCAGAAUGGUGGAUGAUGAUCGAGUUCAGCUUUUCUAAGAGCGGAAAGUCCAUCGAGGACUUGACUGAUUAUGAUAAAGCUCGUUCUUAUUCCAAUCCAGGGCAAGACUUCCUCUACGCAGUGGAGAUUAUUCUCCCUCAAGCUCAGAAAUUAAUCUUCCAAGGCAAGUUUCUGAAGUGCUGAUUUUGUUGCAUCUACUACAGAGCUUCAGCCCCAUGAGGAGAGGGCUCUACAACCUUUGUCUCCUUGGUGAGUUUGAGCGAUUUGGAGUGCAUGGAAUUAUCGGAGAGUGGAGAGUGAGACGCUGCAUUCUUUCUUUCCAUCCUAAAGUUACCGCUGAAGUUGAUGGUAAUCGAUGGCAGACAGUUUAUGAGUGCUACCUGGAGAAAUUUUCUUGCGAAAUAUCUUAUUGCAGUUUUGGUAACAUAGUAGCGGACCCUGGGGCUCUAUGGUAUGGAUUCCUAGAAAACAUCUUCUAGCUGACAUUUCUGCAAUGUACACGAUUACGAAGUGGAAUAUUUGAAACAGACAACUGGAGGAUAGAUCCACCAGUGUUGACUCGGUUUGAUAGAUAGAAUUCAGUGCUAUCACCCUUGUGUUCGCUAUCGC